AUGCCCAUUUCCGUUCGAUUCCGGCACGCUUGGUCGCUCUGCGUGCGGGCUGUGAUGGACAAGCUGCAGAGCCUGUCGGGGCAGCACGCAGACGUGCUCGAGUCGCUCUCGCCCAAUGUCAGGACGCGUGUUGAGUUUCUGAGGGGCAUUCAGAUUAGUCCUACUUAUGUGUUGAUGAGUGAGGCAAGGAAUGUGAAUGCUAAAUCACCGAGUCAACAUGAUGAGAUUGAGGCGAAGUUUUUCGAGGAACGGGCUGCCCUUGAAGCCAAGUACCGGAAGCUGUAUGAACCAUUGUAUGCUAAGACGUAUGACAUUGUACAUUGUAAAUGGAGUUGUGGAGCUAAAGGAGUCCCAGAUUUUUGGCUCAUUGCUUUGAAAACAAAUGAAGUGAUGACUGAGGAGAUCCAAGAGCGUGAUAAGCCUGUUUUGAAAUAUCUAAAGGAUAUCAAGUGGUCUAGAAUUGAUGACCCUAAGGGGUUCAAGCUUUUGACCGCCCGCGCCGCCGCCGAAUCCGGCAGCAAGCGCACCUGCGCGGCCGAGUUGCACAACCUCUCCGAUAAGGUGGUGUCUCGCUUCCCUGUCGUUAACCGCUUUUCUGCUAUUCUCGCCCUGUUUUCUCGGCUUCUCAUUGCUUGCUUGCUUGAUUGGGGUGCAGCGGCGGAGGAGCAGGAUCAACGAGAAGAUGAAGGCGUUGCAGAGCCUGAUACCCAAUUCCAACAAGGUCGGCACCACAAAACCAACAAGGCAUCCAUGCUUGACGAGGCCAUUGAGUAUCUGAAGCAACUGCAGCUCCAAGUAUAG